UUAAAAUCAAAUACGGCAUUGUCUGGGAUGUGUCGUUUCUAUCAACGAUGACAAAUUUGACAAAACUCGACUUGCUUGGUAACUAUUUAACAAGCUGGAAAAAGGAAAUAUUCACGAAUCUCCCUCUGAAAGAAAUUAUUCUCUCCAGAAAUCAAAUCGCAGUGUUUGAUAAAAACAUGUUCCCAUCGCAUAUCACCGACAACUUAGAAUAUUUCGCCGCCUCAAGUAAUCCGCUCCUUUGCACGUGUGAUUUGUUGGAGUUCAAAAAAUGGCUGGCAACUAAUAAAGAAAAACUCAACGAUCAUUACCCACGAUUAUAUACGUGUUUGUACCCGGAUGUGUGGAAAGGGAAGACAAUUGCCCAGUACGAACCCGAUAAGAACGAGUGUUCGAAUGGCAUUGACUCUCUGGUUGUUAUUGGUAUUGGGCUGGGUUGUUUAGCAGGAGUGCUCUUGUUACUUGCAGUCAUUGUGUACAAAGGGCGUUAUCACAUAAAACAUAGGCUGUAUCUUGUGCGUUCCUUACAACCAUACCAACGUUUACCAGAUGGCGACGAAUUUGUGUACGACGCAUUCGUCGCCCAUCACAUUGAUAAUAGACUCUGGGUCAUAAAUCAUUUACUUCCUUUCCUAGAAAAACAACGGAAGUUACGCCUUUGCCUUCACGAAAGAGAUUUCCUCCCAGGAAAUUUCAUCGCCGACAACAUUGUAGACAAUAUAAACGUGAGCAGGAAGGUGAUAUUAGUGUUCUCUCGGGAUUUCGCCAGAAGUGAAUGGUGUCAGUUCGAGGCUACGACAGCUUAUCAGAGGAUACUUACUGAAGGAACAUCAUCUGUGGUGAUCAUUAUGUUAGAGGAUAUCAGCCAUCGACCCGUCAAUGAUACCAUUCGGAACCUCUUGGAUACUAUCACCUAUAUUGAGUGGAACAAUGAGAGGAACAACCGACCAGAAUUCUUUCGGAAACUCUUUGAUGCCCUCCAAUGAUGGAUACAUAUUUUUCGGAAUGUUUUUUUAAAGGGGCAUUCCUUCGUUUGAAUAAAGUUUAGGUCAUCAAAAUUAAACUUACUGGAAAAUAUGUUUUU